AUGCCCGCAAUGUUCAAGUCAACCAACUCGCCGGACACCAGUGCUUCUGAGGGAGAAAAUGACGAGUUGAAGAACGCCAGAACCACCAAUGGAUCUCAAGCAACUUCAGACACUGAUAAAGACACCCGCACCAGCCUGUCAACGUCGCUACGUCCUCAUGCGCGCCGAAAGAGGAUUGUGGUGGCCAUGACCGGUGCCACCGGUGCAGUCCUCGGCAUCAAGAUACUCAUCGCACUACGGCGGCUAAAUAUCGAGAGCCACCUCAUCAUCAGUAAAUGGGCCGAGGCAACGAUAAAAUACGAAACAGACUAUUCCCCCAAAAACGUACGUGCACUCGCAGAUCACGUCCACAGCAUCAACGACAUGGCUGCUCCAGUGUCAAGCGGCUCUUUCAAGACGGAUGGCAUGGUCGUGGUGCCCUGCUCGAUGAAGACGUUGGCUGCCAUCAGCUCUGGCUACUGCGAUGACCUGAUCUCUCGGACCGCGGAUGUCAUGCUUAAAGAGCGGAGGAAGCUGGUGCUGGUGGCGAGAGAGACUCCCUUGAGUGAGAUCCAUUUACGCAACAUGCUCUCUGUGACGCAGAGUGGAGCAAUCAUAUUCCCGCCGGUGCCUGCUUAUUACAUCAAGGCGUCCAGUGUAGAUGAGCUUUCAAACCAGACCGUCGGGCGUGUAUUAGACUUGUUUGACCUCGACACGGCCGAUUUCGAACGAUGGGAAGGAUGGAAAAGGGAGUCUUGA